UAAAUCUGUCAUUUCAAGAAAAUUGACGAAUUCGAAAAUCAGAAGAAUAUUUUUCUCCGUCUGCCUUCACGAAACUGCCUGAGAAAAAUGGUUUCUCCACUGGAACUCCUUGAAAACCGCCAGGAUCGGACACCUUCCUUUAUGUUCAAGGUCUUCAAUCCUGCUGCAGCCGCUAUCGCUGGAUGUGGCUUGGCUUUGUUCCACAAUUUCGCUUAUAGAAGGCCUGUAUGGUCGGGUAUCCAAAAACAUGUUAUUUUCACAAUAAUUGGUGCUAGCGCUGGUGUGUAUUUUGAUAAGAAACGUAAUGAACACAUUGCCGAUCGUGAUGCUGUGCUUCGCCAUUACAUUUCCCUGCAUCCAGAAGAUUUUCCAACUCCUGAACGCAAGAAGUACGCAGAUGUCUUGGAAGUUUGGCAACCAAUUCGUUAAUUAUUAAAAUCCUUAUCCAAAUAUUAAAACAAUAGAACUCAACACCAACUUAUGCUGGUACAGUAAUAAUGUAGAUGUAAAUAGGCAUAAAGGGCUAUUUUAUCAAGCUAAUAAAGAAACAUGUUAAAUGGUA